AUGGCCAAGUUCCACACAGACGCCUACCUGGAGCACCUCCACAAAAUCAGCCAGGACGGAGACAAUGAUGACCCCCCCCAGUCUGGAGACUUUGGCCUGGGUAAGAGGAGAGGGAAGGACAGGGUCCCUGGAGCUUAGUUUGACAGACAUCAAUAAAUGAGAGAUGGGAGAGAGUACCGUUGUCACUUCAUGUAAUGUUUAUUUGCUGGCAGUAGAGGGUACUCUAACACCAGAUAAAAAUGACCCACCUCCCAUUGCCUCCACUUGGCAAAAGGUUGAUUGACAACACACUAAAUAUGGUUACUUUAUGAAUCUACAUUAAAAACCCUCCAGUUAUAUAUUUGAAGGUAUAAAUAACAGAUUGAUGCUGACGGUUAGACGCUACUUUCCUUUGCCCCCGUAGGUUACUUAUGUUAUCUAGGUCUGUGGGUGGGAGCCUGUGGGAAGGAUGCAACCUCAGUCCGGUAUCAUUGGAUGGGGAACACUCAUCUUCUGCCAACCUUUCUAUUAGAAAAAAAACACCUCAAUCUCACCAUAUGUGUUUUCUCUGUCUUCCCCAUCUCUCCAUAUCCCCCCUCCAACACCCUUCCUUUUCAUUGUCUCUCUUUCUCUUCCGCCUCUCUCUUCCUCCCUUUGUUUCUCCUCCACACCUCUGUCUGGUCCUUCCUCUCUCUCGUCCCUCUCUCUCUCUCCUCUCCCUCUUCAUCUCUCUCUCUCUCUCUCUCUCUCUCUCUCUCUCUCUCUCUCUCCUCUCUCUCUCUCCAUCUCUCUCUCUCCUCUCUCUCUCCUCUCUCUCUCCUCCUCUCUCAUCCCUUCUUCUCCUCUCCUCUCUCUCCUCCCUUUCGACUUCACCUCUCCUUCCUACCCACUCUCCUCCCUAUUUUCUUCGUUCCAUCCUCUCGUCUCUCUUCCUACGCGAUCUUCCUUUCUGCCUCUCCUCGUUCCUCCUCAUUCGCCUCCUGCUUUCCCUAUGUUAUGCUGCCGUGGUGCUGGUAUGCCUGAUUAUCUCGACGUCUGGCUGGCUCCACCUCGCGGCUGUCUCUCUCCUCAUAGGUCACUUGAGACCAGGGAAUCUGAUAUCUUCUAGACGUUAAAUGUUGUUGAAUAAAUCCAUGCUAGCUUGUCAAGCCGUCUUGGUACUUUCUGUCCUCACACUAUCUCACUUCUCUUCCUAUCCUUGUCUUUCUCUCUGUCUCUUACCCUCUCAUCUGUCUGGGCUGUUCUCUUCUGUCUGGGCCUGUUUUCUCUCUUCUGUGUUCUGCGGCCUGUUUCUCUCCUCUGUCUGGGACUGUUUCUUCUCUCUGUCUGGGACUGUUUCUCUCCUCUCUGUCUGGGACUGUUUUCUUCUCUGUCUGGGACUGUUUCUCUCUCUCUGUCUGGGACUGUUUCUCUUCUUCUGUCUGGGACUGUUUUCUCUGCUCUGUCUGGGACUGUUUCUCUCUCUGUCUGGGACUGUUCUCUCUCUGUCUGGGACUGUUUCUCUCUCUCUGUCUGGGACUGUUUCUCUCUCUCUGUCUGGGACUGUUUCUCUCUCUCUGUCUGGGACUGUUUCUCUCUCUCUGCCUGGGACUGUUUCUCUCUCUCUGUCUGGGACUGUUUCUCUCUCUGUCUGGGACUGUUUCUCUCUCUUCUCUGGGACUGUUUCUCUCUCUCUGUCUGGGACUGUUUCUCUCUUCUCUGUUCUUGGGACUGUUCUCUCUCUGUUGGGACUGUUUCUCUCUUGUCUGGGACUGUUUCUCUCUCUGUCUGGGACUGUUUCUCUCGCUCUGUCUGGGACUGUUUCUCUCUCUGUCUGGGACUGUUUCUCUCUGCUCUGGGACUGUUUCUCUCUCUGUCUGGGACUGUUUCUCUCUCUGUCUGGGACUGUUUCUCUCUCUCUGUCUGGGACUGUUCUCUCUCUCUGUCUGGGACUGUUUCUCUCUCUGUCUGGGACUGUUUCUUCUCCUGUCUGGACUGUUUUCUUCUCUGUCUGGACUGUUUUCUCUCGUCUGGGGACUUUUCUGUGGGACUGUUUCUCUCUCUGUCGGGACUGUUUCUCUCUCUUGUCUGGGACUGUUUCCUCUCUUGUCUGGGACUGUUUCUCUCUCUGUCUGGGACUGUUUCUCUCUCUGUCUGGGACUGUUUCUCUCUCUGUCUGGGACUGUUUCUCUCUCUGUCUGGGACUUUCUCUCUCUCUGUCUGGGACUGUUUCUCUCUCUAUGUCUGGGACUGUUUCUCUCUCUAUGUCUGGGACUGUUUCUCUCUCUAUGUCUGGGACUGUUUCUUUCUCUCUGUCUGGGACUGUUUCUCUCUCUGUCGGAUUGCUCGUCUGGCUGGGCUGUUUCUCUGUCGGACUGUUUUCCUCUCUCUGUCUGGGAAUGUUUCUCUCGCUGGCUGGGGGACUGUUUCUCUGUCUCUCUGUAUGGGGACUGUUCUCGUCUGUCGGGGACUCUGUUUAUUCUCUCUGUCUGGGACUGUUUCUCUGUCUCUUGUUGGGAUGUUUCUCUUCUCUGUCUGGAUGUUUCUCUCUCUCUGUCUGGGACUGUUUCUCUCCUCUAUGUUGGGGAGGUUCUUUCUAUCUGUCUGGGGGACUGUCUCUCUGUCUGGGAAUGUUUCCUAUGUCUGGGACUGUUCUUCUCUCUGUCUGGGGACUCUGUUUCUCUCGCUCUGUCUGGGAUGUUAACCUGCUCUCUCUUCUCGCUCCGCUCUCUGCUAUCUCUUUCUCUCUCUCUAUCUCUCUCUCUCUCUCUCUCUCUCUCUCUCUCUCUCUCUCUCCUCUCUCUCUCUCUCUUCUUUCUGUCUCUCUUUCUCUCUCUUUUUUUCUCUCUCUCUCUCAGGGAUGAGGCGUCAGGGUUCUGUUAUGUGAAUGAUGCGGUGCUAGGGAUUCUCAAGCUGAGGGGGAAAUACGAGAGAGUUCUGUACGUCGACGUGGACCUUCACCAUGGAGACGGUACACACACCUUUCCCUGUCUCUCACAUACACCAAUGGACAAACACGCACAUCUGAAUGUGCAUUGAUAUUGUGUCAAUAUUGUGCAGUACUGUAAGUGGAUACAAAAGUUUCAUCAAGGUUGAUUUAUAAUUUUUAGUCUGUCAAUAAGAUAAAUUAUUGUGUAUUUUUAGAUACUUCUCUCAGGUGUGGAAGAUGCCUUCAGUUUUACCUCUAAAGUGAUGACCGUGUCGCUGCACAAGUUCUCUCCUGGAUUCUUCCCGGGUCAGUGGCUACUGCUAAUUCUGAUGACCAUUAUACUACAACUGUCCAGGACCAGGGUUGGUGACCAGUAUUCCUCAACCUUUCUUGUGCCAGUGAAACUAUGGCCCUUUGUUUGCUGGUAGCUACCAACAAGCUAUGGUCCUUCCUCCUUGGGGGACAGCUAAACAUUAGAAGUAGCAUUUGAAAAAUGACUACAUGGCUACAUCCUUGUCUGUUAACCAUCUGAGGGAUUGGUAUUUGAGAAACAUUGAUACCCAAUGCACUUGAAACACCCACCCACACACCCGUAGUAACCCUGCUGCCCUGUUGUAGGUACAGGAGACCUGGGUAAAGGACGCUGGUACGCCGUCAACGUCCAUCUGGAUGACGGCAUCAAAGACGACAGAUACUUCCAGGUCUUCACAAGGUACAAAACCAUUUCCAUAAUGCUUAACAUUGUCAGUAACAGACAUUUAAAAAGCUAGGGUUGCAUGUUCAUUGUUUUGUUGAGGCUUUGCAACUGUAGAGAAAAUACAAAUGUUUUUGUUUAGUAAAAUUAUAACGUUGUCCAUUCUAUGGUUUAUAUGUUAGAUUACAUAUUGCAUUGGAUUAAGUUGUCAGUCUGUAAUGAUUGUAAUUGUUAUAGUCAGAUUAUGAUAUGUAUUUUACAGUAUGUUAGAUGAAGUUAAUUAAUGUUAGAUUAACUAUUAAAGUUGUGAUUAUUGUCAUCAUCAGUGUGAUGAAGGAGGUGCAGACAUUGUUUAACCCGGAAGCAGUAGUGAUGCAGCUGGGAGCUGACACCAUGGCUGGUGACCCCAUGUGUUCCUUCAACAUGACCCCUGUCGGGGUGGCACAGAGUCUACGACACAUACUAGACUGGCACCUACCCACAAUGCUACUGGGAGGAGGUCGGUCCAGGACAGUCCAGCUUCAGACUGCUACUGGGAGGAGGUCGGUCCAGGACAGUCCAGAUCCACACUGCUACUGGGAGGAGGUCGGUCCAGGACAGUCCAGAUCCACACUGCUACUGGGAGGAGGUCGGUCCAGGACAGUCCAGAUCCACACUGCUACUGGGAGGAGGUCGGUCCAGGACAGUCCAGAUCCAGGCUGCUACUGGGAGGAGGUCGGUCCAGGACAGUCCAGAUCCAGGCUGCUACUGGGAGGAGGUCGGUCCAGGACAGUCCAGAUCCAGGCUGCUACUGGGAGGAGGUCGGUCCAGGACAGGCCAGAUCCACACUGCUACUGGGAGGAGGUCGGUCCAGGACAGUCCAGAUCCAGGCUGCUACUGGGAGGAGGUCGGUCCAGGACAGGCCAGAUCCAGGCUGCUACUGGGAGGAGGUCGGUCCAGGACAGUCCAGAUCCACACUGCUACUGGGAGGAGGUCGGUUCAGGACAGGCCAGAUCCACACUGCUACUGGGAGGAGGUCGGUCCAGGACAGUCCAGAUCCAGGCUGCUACUGGGAGGAGGUCGGUCCAGGACAGGCCAGAUCCAGGCUGCUACUGGGAGAGGGUCGGUCCAGGACAGUCCAGAUCCAGGCUGCUACUGGGAGGAGGUCGGUCCAGGACAGUCCAGAUCCACACUGCUACUGGGAGGAGGUCGGUCCAGGACAGUCCAGAUCCACACUGCUACUGGGAGGAGGUCGGUCCAGGACAGUCCAGAUCCACACUGCUACUGGGAGGAGGUCGGUCCAGGACAGUCCAGAUCCACACUGCUACUGGGAGGAGGUCGGUCCAGGACAGUCCAGAUCCAGGCUGCUACUGGGAGGAGGUCGGUCCAGGACAGUCCAGAUCCACACUGCUACUGGGAGGAGGUCGGUCCAGGACAGUCCAGAUCCACACUGCUACUGGGAGGAGGUCGGUCCAGGACAGUCCAGAUCCAGGCUGCUACUGGGAGGAGGUCGGUCCAGGACAGUCCAGAUCCACACUGGUACUGGGAGGAGGUCGGUCCAGGACAGUCCAGAUCCAGGCUGCUACUGGGAGGAGGUCGGUCCAGGACAGUCCAGAUCCAGGCUGCUACUGGGAGGAGGUCGGUCCAGGACAGUCCAGAUCCACACUGCUACUGGGAGGAGGUCGGUCCAGGACAGUCCAGAUCCACACUGCUACUGGGAGGAGGUCGGUCCAGGACAGUCCAGAUCCACACUGCUACUGGGAGGAGGUCGGUCCAGGACAGUCCAGAUCCACACUGCUACUGGGAGGAGGUCGGUCCAGGACAGUCCAGAUCCAGGCUGCUACUGGGAGGAGGUCGGUCCAGGACAGUCCAGAUCCACACUGCUGUACCAGAUGAUAACUGUUCAGUAAAAUGAAGCCGUUUUACUCACUACAAUCCUUCUAUUUUUCCUCUCUCUCUCUCUCUCUCUCUCUCUCUCUCUCUCCCUCCCAUCUCGCUCUCUCGCUCUCUUUCGCUCUUUCUCCCCCUCUCUUGUUCUCUUUCGGUCUCUCUCUCUCCCCCCCUCUCUCGCUCUUUCGCUUUCCUUCCCUCUCUCUCGUUCUCUCUCUUUCUCUCUCUCUUCCGCCUCCCUCUCUCGCUCUCUCUCCCCCCUCUUUUGCUCCCCCCCCCCUCUCUCUCGCUCUAGGAGGGUAUAACCUUGCCAAAACGGCUCGUUGUUGGACCUACCUGACUGCGUCCAUCCUGGGACAAACACUGGCCUCUGAAUUACCUGACCAUGAGGUAAGACUACAUAGCACAGCCCCUAACACACACACACACACCAUACAUAGUGUGCCCACACACACACUUUGCGGUCCGUCUUCGCUGAGUCAUUCCCUCUAAUCAAAGAUGGCCGCCGGCCCUCAAUAAAAGGGUUUGUUUCCAGGUGAAUCAGGAGGGAUGAAGGGAGGAGAGGAGAGAAGGGGAACAAUACCACUCUGUCCCCUUUAGACCUGACAGAGGGCCUCUGUUUCUCUCCCUCUCUCUCUCCUUAUCUUUUUUUGUCUUCUUACAAGAACCUUGUGUAUUUUAUUCUGAGGGGGGAGGGGCAGUUUCUUUUUGGUGAAUUCCCAUAUAAUUAGAGAGGGAGAGAGUGAGUGAGAUGGAGGGAGAGAGACGGAGAGAGAUUUUCCAUGUACAGUGAGGGGUAGGUAUCUAUCUCGUCUGAGACAGAGGGUCUUUCUGUAGUGUGUUGGCCGUGAUAAGGGCUCCUCUUGUUUCCUCUCUGACAGGUCAGGCUGUGACCUCAUACGACCUUUAACGUCAUUAAGAAGGCCCCACCUCAAACAACACAAACCAGCUGCUACAACACACACGCACACACACCAUUACACACACACUUAAACAAGGACAGGGAUGGAGAGAGUGAGAGGAAGACAAGGAGGGAGAGAGGGAGAGUAGGAGAGAGGAAGACAAGGAGGGAGAGAGAGGGAGAGUAGGAGAGAGGAAGACAAGGAGGGAGAGAGAGGGAGAGUAGGAGAGAGGAAGACAAGGAGGGAGAGAGGAAGAUGAGAGGGAGAGAGAGGGAGAGUAGUAGAGAGGAAGAUAGUCAGUGAGAGAGACUUGUAGCAUCUGUGUGUUCUUAUCAGUGUGUGUUUGUAUCAGUGUGUGUUUGUAUCAGUGUGUGUUUGUAUCAGUGUGUGUUUGUAUCAGUGUGUGUUUGUAUCAGUGUGUGUUUGUAUCAGUGUGUGUUUGUAUCAGUGUGUGUUUGUAUUUAUGUGUGUGUGUGUUUGUAUUUAUGUGUGUGUGUGUUCAUAUCUAUGUGUGUGUGUGUGUUCGUAUCUGUAAUAGUGUGUGCACAAGAGAGGAGUAUUUACCCACGAUGACUGAGCAACGUGAGGACCAAGGAGAAGGGAAAACACAAAGUACUUUGUUGUACCUGAGACCCAGAGAGAAGCCAAAGCUCCCUCUCUCCUUCCCCAGCUGGCUGCAGCCUCUCUGGGCCCCGUCAGCCAGGACAGCCCCCUAACCACCCUGGAACAAUGGAGCUAGAGCCAGACACAGGGCUAGGGGCUAUCGACCGGGCACACAAGGGCCUCCUUUCAGACCAUCACACACACAGACGGAGGACUACUGACAUUGUAAAAAGAGCUGCCCCUUGACCCUAACAGUCACCCCGACAGUUCAGAUCUGACAGAGUAGAUGUACAGUGUAGAGAAUGUCUUGGUUUGGUGUGUGGAGACAAGGAAGGGUGGUUGUUGAAGACUGUACAUAGAAUACCCUAGAUGCAGACAGACUGAAGCCACAGGUGCCUCAGGUAUCAUAUGUUACAGAGGUCAACCUGUAAAAGGAACCAUGGAAGAUCAUAAGGAUAAAGAAAUAGGCCAGAGUUGUCUUAGCGCUAUAGGACUUGGCAAGGCAGCACCAGCUACUUGACCUGUAUUGUCUGUUAACCAUUUCCUGAUCUCACCAGGGAUCAAAGGUCACCUAGUCUUGAUUAGCUGAGUCAGAAGGUUUUGAAGGUUUGUGGGAUUCUCCCAAAUGGCACCCUAUUCCUUACGUAGUGCACUACCUUUGAUUAGGGCUGGGCGAUAUGGCUCGAUUUUUCAAAUGUUUUCUCAGCAAUAAUAAUGAAUUCAGGGCUUGUGAAAUUAUACCUAGGCUAAAUACAUGCCCUCCACAACCAUAAGACCCAUUCAUUAUUUAAUUAAAAUAGUUUAACCUGCUUUUUUGCAAUAAUCCCUGAUCUGGCUUUCAAGUCUGCCUAUAAAAAUGCCCAUUUUGUUACAAAUUUAACCAGAACCAUGCAUGAUGCACAUUCACUAAUAAUCACUAACUUCGUGUAGCAGGCAUUAUAGAAAAUUAACACUGGUCUCAUCAACAAUCUCUCAAGAACAAGCCCAUGUGCUAGUGAGUAGCUAAUCUUUCUAUUUCAAGUUUAGACAACUUUUUGCUAGCUAACAAGGCAGAACAGUUGAAUUGUUAUGAACACACCCUUCUGUCCGUCUCCAACUGUUUGAACAGCAUGCUAGUCUGUCCACAUUGUUCAUGUUGAAAUCAAGUGGCCUACCUUAUCUCUCAGAAUGAGAACGAGUUGCCAAUUCCUUAUAUGAUUGUUUUAUGCUUAUUGCACAUUAAUAAAACACAGACUAGACAGCUAGUAUAACGUCUGAUGCGUUUUGUUUAGCCGGAUGCCUUGCCAUGUUUUUCUCCUUCGCUUUUCCGCUAACUAAAAGCUAGCUAGAUGAAGUAUGUGUGUCUACUUCCGUUCGGUAAGGCUGAGGGAUUUGAGAAGUUGAUACAUAAAAAGGGUAUCGCUAGAAAGGUUAACUUCUCUAUUACCGUAAAAUAAUGUGUCCAUGUGUUUCGUUGUGUCCAUAUGACCUGUUUUGUUGGACCAAACCUCAAAUGCAAAUUAGCGAGUUGAAACCGCGUGUCAGAAAGGAAGAAGUGAUCUCUCAUCUUUGUUGUUGUGAGUAGAAAGGGGAGGGGCUUGGUGUGAAGCAGGAAGUAGGGGUGCUGCAGCACUGGGCCUUUACUAGUAUUAGUGGACCGACGUAGACGUAUGUAGCGCAGGCGAAACACUUUUUCCAGCAUCUCUGCUUUGGUAAAAAAAGGUAGUUUUAUAAUUAAGAACAGUAUUUUGCAAGACUCAAUAGUUGGAAUUGUAAGAGUUGUUGCCCUGUCCCUUUCUCUGAGAAUGUCAUUCUAAUGCAGGGUUCCCCCAACUGGCGUAAAUUGUCAUUGUUGGACUUGUAUUUUUUUUAACACCAGGAAAUCCGCUCCAAGUGAUUUUAAUUAGGAAAAUCUGUCCCAAGUACAGUGAGGGAAAAAAGUAUUUGAUCCCCUGCUGAUUUUGUACGUUUGCCCACUGACAAAGACAUGAUCAGUCUAUAAUUUUAAUGGUAGGUUUAUUUGAACAGUGAGAUACAGAAUAUCCAGAAAAACGCAUGUCAAAAAUGUUAUGAAUUGAUUUGCAUUUUAAUGAGGGAAAUAAGUAUUUGACCCCUCUGCAAAACAUGACUUAGUACUUGGUGGCAAAAUGCUUGUUGGCAAUCACAGAGGUCAGACGUUUCUUGUAGUUGGCCACCAGGUUUGCACACAUUUUAGGAGGGAUUUUGUUCCACUCCUCUUUGCAGAUCUUCUCCAAGUCAUUAAGGUUUCGAGGCUGACGUUUGGCAACUCUAACCUUCAGCUCCCUCCACAGAUUUUCUAUGGGAUUAAGGUCUGGAGACUGGCUAGGCCACUCCAGGACCUUAAUGUGCUUCUUCUUGAGCCACUCCUUUGUUGCCUUGGCCGUGUGUUUUGGGUCAUUGUCAUGCUGGAAUACCCAUCCACGACCCAUUUUCAAUGCCCUGGCUGAGGGAAGGAGGUUCUCACCCAAGAUUUGACGGUACAUGGCCCCGUCCAUCGUCCCUUUGAUGCGGUGAAGUUGUCCUGUCCCCUUAGCAGAAAAACACCCCCAAAGCAUAAUGUUUCCACCUCCAUGUUUGAUGGUGGGGAUGGUGUUAUUGGGGUCAUAGGCAGCAUUCCUCCUCCUCCAAACACGGCGAGUUGAGUUGAUGCCAAAGAGCUCGAUUUUGGUCUCAUCUGACCACAACACUUUCAUCCAGUUCUCCUCUGAAUCAUUCAGAUGUUCAUUGGCAAACUUCAGAUGGGCCUGUAUAUGUGCUUUCUUGAGCAGGGGGACCUUGCGGGCGCUGCAGGAUUUCAGUCCUUCAUGGCGUAGUGUGUUACCAAUUGUUUUCUUGGUGACUAUGGUCCCAGCUGCCUUGAGAUCAUUGACAAGAUCCUCCCGUGUAAUUCUGGGCUGAUUCCUCACCGUUCUCAUGAUCAUUGCAACUCCACGAGGUGAGAUCUUGCAUGGAGCCCCAGGCCGAGGGAGAUUGACAGUUAUUUUGUGUUUCUUCCAUUUGCGAAUAAUCGCACCAACUGUUGUCACCUUCUCACCAAGCUGCCUGGCGAUGGUCUUGUAGCCCAUUCCAGCCUUGUGUAGGUCUACAAUCUUGUCCCUGAUAUCCUUGGAGAGCUCUUUGAUAUUGGCCAUGGUGGAGAGUUUGGAAUCUGAUUGAUUGAUUUAUUCUGUGGACAGGUGUCUUUUAUACAGGUAACAAAAUGAGAUUAGGAGCACUCCCUUUAAGAGUGUGCUCCUAAUCUCAGCUCAUUACCUGUAUAAAAGACACCUGGGAGCCAGAAAUCUUUCUGUUUGAGAGGGGGUCAAAUACUUAUUUCCCUCAUUAAAAUGCAAAUCAAUUUAUAACAUUUUUGACAUGCGUUUUUCUGGAUUUUUUUGUUGUUAUUCUGUCUCUCACUGUUCAAAUAAACCUACCAUUAAAAUUAUAGACUGAUCAUUUCUUUGUCAGUGGGCAAAUGUACAAAAUCAGCAGGGGAUCAAAUACUUUUUUCCCUCACUGUAUUUCCACACAUAUUAGAGAGACACGUAAUCAUAUACAAGUGUAAGCAAGGUUUGAAAUUAUGUUUUAGUCAAAUAUUAUAUAUGUUAGGCCUUGUUGCGGUCAAUUUGCAGUCUACAAAUUAUUUGUAAUUACGUUCAGGCACCCCGACCAUCCGCUCAAUAAAAAACCGACCCACGGCUAGUUGAUGAUCGCUGUUCUAAUGGAAUCCAGAAAGAACAAAACCCUGUCCUCAAACAUUUACAUCAAAAGGUGCAAAGUUGUGGGCAAAGACACAAAAUAUCCACAUCAAAUUAAAUAUUUUUCUUGAUAAAAUAACAUGGAAAACACCCACUUUUGUGCAGUAUUAAUUUACCAUCCUUACAAACCACUGUAUUGUACAUAGGCUGGUCAUCUAGGUUUGUACCUGUAGAAAAACAAUGCACAAUACAGUAAUUGAGUACAUUGUGACAUCAAGUGGUUUGUGAUGAUGUGGCUCAGUUGGUAGAGCAUUGCACUUGCAAUGAAUAGACAUUUCACUUUUCACAUAGAAAUAAGUUGCAUUCCCUCCCUCCCUCCCUCCCUCCCUCCCUCCCUCCCUCCCUCCCUCCCUCCCUCCCUCCUCCCGUCCCACUCUCCCUCCUCCCGUCCCUCCCUCCCUCCCUCCCUCCCUCCCUCCCUCCCUCCUCUCCCCUCCCGUCCCCUCCCUCCCUCCCUCCCUCCUCCCUCCCUCCUCCCUCCCUCCCUCCCUCCUCCCUCCCUCCCUCCCUCCCCUCCCUCCCUCCUCCCUCCCUCCCUCCCUCCCUCCUCCCGUCCCUCCCUCCCCUCCCUCCUCCCCCCUCCUCCCUCCCCCCUCCCUCCCCCCCCCCCUCCCCCUCCCCCCUCCUCCCUCCCUCCCUCCUCCCUCCCUUCCUCCCUUCCCCCUCCCCCCUCCCCUCCCUCCCCCCUCCCCUUCCCUCCCCCCCUCCCCCCCCUCCCUUCCCUCCCCCCUCCCCCUCCCUCCCCUCCUCCCUCCUCCUCCCCCCUCCCUCCCCCUCUCCCUCCCUCCCUCCCUCCCUCCUUCCUCCCUCCCCUCUCCCCCCCCCCUUCCCCUUUCCUUCUCCCCCUCUCCCCCCCCCCCUCCCCCUCCUUCCUUCCCUCCCUCCUCCCCUUUUCCCUCCGUCCCCCCCCCCCCCUCCCUUCCUCCCCUCCCCCCCCCCCCUCCCCCCCCCCCCUUCCCCCCCCUCCCCCCUCCUCCCUCCUUCCCCCCCUCCCCCCUUCCCCCCCCUUUCCCCCUCCUCCCUCCCCCCUCCCUCCCCCUCCCCGCCCCCUUCCCCCCCCACCCCCCCCCCUCCCCCCGUCCCUUCGCCUCCCUCCCUCCCGUCCCGUCCCUCCGCUCUCUCCCUCCUCCUCCCGUCCCUCUCAUGCUCCCCUCUUCCCUUCCACGCUCCCCCCUCUUUCUUCCCGUCCCUCCCUCCCUUCCUCAUUAAACACAAAAGAGUUCUGUAGAAAAUGAAAAUGUUCCAGUGUUUUCUCUCUCUCUAGUAAAUCCUCUGUGUUCCAAUAUCCACACCAACAUACCAUUGAGUAUGAAGCGAUGUAUCGGGCAUGCAUUUGUAAGGGGUAUGCUAGUAUGUGCAUUCAAACAGAGGGUAGGUAGAAUAGGCUUAGCUUUGAGGAGAGAGAUUUUACAGGACUAUCAGCACACACAUACACAUCCAUACCUAGUGCACAAACACACACAGUACCGUGGCCCUCUACACUUCUCUCCGGUGCCCUCAGUCCCCUCCCAGAUUGGCAGUUGAGUCACUUCUUGUCCCGCCCCUGUACUUCCUGUUUCCUGCUUGGUACUUCCUCUCUGGGGUGUGUCUCUCUCCGUCUGCCCGUCAGGAAAUACUGGGCUCAAUCACCGGAAAACUGAGCUGUGAUGGGGAAGUGUGUGUGUGUGUGUGUAAGUGUGUGUGUGUGUUUGUGUUUGUGUGUGUAAGGUGGGGUCAAUGUCAGAGCGGCCCUGUGGAGAUGAGCAGUCAGUCAGUUCUAAAUGGGACAGACGUAGUGAGUCCUAUAUGGCACCCUAUUCCCUAUAUAGUGCGCAAAUGUUGACCAGAGCCGUAUGGGCCCUGGUCGAAGGUAGUGCACUAUAUAGGGAAUAGGGUGCCAUUUAGGACGAGCAGCGAAGGACAAUGAGAGGAUCAGUGGGCCUUGACCUGAUUACUGACUGUAUUGUGUUGUUGUAGUACCUUCUGUAGAGGGUCGGGCCACGGGAGGGAGGGAGGGAGGGAGGGAUGGAGAGAGAUGAGGGAGGGAGGGAGGGAGGGAGGGAGGGAGGGAGGGAGGGAGGGGAGAGAGAGAGAGAGAGAGAGAGAGAGGGAGGGAGGGAGGCGAGGGGAGGGAGGAGGAGGGAGGGGAGAGAGGGAGGGAGGGAGGGAGGGAGGGAGGGAGGGAGGGGGGAGCGGGAGAUAUUAUGGGAGAGAGAGAGACGCCUAUGUGCACUCUGGGUUGAAAUUGAUUAGGAACUCUACAUUUGUUUUGCCAGCGCUUUUUCCACAACUCAAAACAUUGACUCUUCAUAUCUGGAGCUGGAGUCAUUUCUGAGAUGUAGAGGAGAACAAUGAACAAGGGUCGGAUUCCUUUUCUAUUCUGGCUCGGGCUAGUCUCUCAAAACACACACACAGACAGACAGACAGAGACAGAGAGAGAGAUUUAGUUGCAGUAUGGUAUAUUAUCUGGAUUAUGAUGUAACAUUUGGGUAUUUCUGUCAAUUUCUCUGACUCUCUUCCCUCUAUCUUUCUGUCCUGUCUCCCAGUCCAUUCACCCUCGUCUCACCUCAUCUCCCCCUCUCCCCAAUCCCCUUCACCCUCGUUUCUCCUCAUCUCUCCCUCUCCCCAAUCCCCUUCACCCUCAUCUUCCCUCCUCUCUCCCCCUUCACCCUCGUCUCACCCUCAUCUCAUCUCAUCUCUCCCUCUCCACAAUCCCCUUCACCCUCUUCUCACCUCAUCUCUCCCCAAUCCCAUUCACCCUCGUCUCACCUCAUCUCCCCCUCUCCCCAAUCCCCUUCACCCUCGUCUCGUCUCACCUCAUCUCUCCCUCUCCCCAAUCCCCUUCACCCUCGUUUCUCCUCAUCUCUCCCUCUCCCCAAUCCCCUUCACCCUCAUCUUCCCUCCUCUCUCCCCCUUCACCCUCGUCUCACCCUCAUCUCAUCUCAUCUCUCCCUCUCCACAAUCCCCUUCACCCUCUUCUCACCUCAUCUCUCCCCAAUCCCCUUCACCCUCUUCUCACCUCAUCUCUCCCCAAUCCCCUUCACCCUCGUCUCACCUCCUCUCUCCCCCGCCAUCUUCUCUAAUCUCAGUACUGUAGUUCCAUUCCAACCCAAACAUCCAGUCAGCAGCACACACACACACACACUCUGCCUGAACCAUUAGUAAACCACACACUCUGCCUGAACCACUAGUAAACCUCAAAAGAGCUAUUUCACAAAGACAAAACAGGCUGUGUUUUUCAAAUGAGCACAGCUCUCUCUGUGUCAAAUCAAAUCAAAUUGUGCCGAAUACAACAGGUGUAGACCUUACAGUGAAAAGCUUACUUACAAGCCCUUAACCAACAAUGCAGUUUUAAGUAAAAUAAGUGUUAAGUAAAAAAUUAGAUAAGUAAAAAAUAAAAUAAAAAAAUAAUUAAAGACCAGCAGUAAAAUAAAAUAACAGUAGGGAGGCUAUAUACAGGGGUACCGGUACAGUCAAUGUGCUGGGGCACCGGUUAGUCGAGGUAAUAUGUACAUGUGGGUAGAGUUAAAGUGACUAUUGUCACGAUCGUUAUACGGAGUAGACCAAUGCGCAGCGUUAGUUGCAAACAUAUUUAUUUAUUUAAUGAAUGCACGAACAAAACAACAAAACGAAAACGUGACGUCCUCGGUAUAACACAACCGAUACGGCAACAAACCAAAACGGAACAAGAUCCCACAAACACUAUGGGAAAACAGACAGUUUAAAUAUGGUUCCCAAUCAGAGACAACCAGCCACAGCUGACACUCGUUGCCUCUGAUUGAGAACCACACUGGCCAACAUAGAAAUACAACAACUAGAACUUGAACAUAGAACAAAACACAUAGAAACUACACACCCUGGCUCAACAUAUAGAGUCCCCAGAGCCAGGGUGUGACAGUACCCCCCCCCCAAAGGCGCGGACUGCGACCGCGCUUCAACAAAACCCAAACAGGGGAGGGCUGGGUGGACAUUCCUCCUCGGAGGCGGUUCCGGCUCCGGGCUUGACCACCACCCUUCAAUAAUCCCCCCGUAGCGCCCCUGGUCCGGUCUGGCCCCGCUGGCUGGAGCUGGACUGGACAUCGAAGGAGCGGAUUGCUUAAGCUCCGUUGUGGAGCAGCUGACCAGUACCUGAUCAGGCACCGGUGACCCAGGCACGGGUUGUGCCGGACUGACGACGCGCACCCCUGGCACCGUAGGCUUGGUGCGGGGAGCAGGAACAGGCCGGGCUGGGCUGGCAACGCGCACCGUAGGCUUGGUGCGAGGGGCAGGAACAGGCCGGGCCGGGCUGGAGACGCGCACCGUAGGCUUGGUGCGAGUGGCAGGAACAGGCCGGGCCGGGCUGGCGACGCACACCGUAGGCUUGGUGCGAGGAGCAGGAACAGGCCGGGCCGGGCUGGCGAUGCACACCGUAGGCUUGGUGCAAGGAGCAGGAACAGGCCGGGCCGGGCUGGCGACGCACAACUUAGGCUUGGUGCGAGGAACAGGAACAGGCCGGGCCGGGCUGGCGACGCGCACCAUCCACUUAGUGCGGGAAGAAGGAACGGGCCGGACCGGACUGGUGACGCACACAACUUGCUUGGUGUGAGGAGCGGGACUGGGUUUCGUCAUAACCCUCGGCUCCCUCAGCUGCCUACCGAGUUCCUCUCGCCGUGCCUCAAUUCUCACCUUCUCCCUUAUCGCCUCCAAUAGCUCCACUCUCUGCACCACUAACUCCUGCUCCCUCUGCGCCAAUAGCCCCCUUAACCUGGUGGCCUCCUCACCUAACCUCCUACUACGCCCUGUAGCUGCCUCCUGCUGCCCCGUCGCCCAUGCCGUAUGCCCCCCCCUAAAAAUGUUUUGGGGUUGCCUCUCGUCCGUCCGACGACGACACUGUUGAUGCCGUUGCUCCUCUCUCCGUCGCGCCUCUACCGUCUCACUCCAUGGACAGCGAUCCAUCCCGGCCUGGAUUUCCUCCCAGGUCCAGGACCCCUGCCCGUCCAAGAUCUGCUCCCACGUCCAGGCUGCCUGCUCCUGGACACGCUGCUUGGUCCUGGUAUGGUGGGAUCUUCUGUCACGAUUGUUAUACGGAGUAGACCAAUGCGCAGCGUUAGUUGCAAACAUAUUUAUUUAUUUAAUGAAUGCACGAACAAAACAACAAAACGAAAACGUGACGUCCUCGGUAUAACACAACCGACACGGCAACAAACCAAAACGGAACAAGAUCCCACAAACACUAUGGGAAAACAGACAGUUUAAAUAUGGUUCCCAAUCAGAGACAACCAGCCACAGCUGACACUCGUUGCCUCUGAUUGAGAACCACACUGGCCAACAUAGAAAUACAACAACUAGAACUUGAACAUAGAACAAAACACAUAGAAACUACACACCCUGGCUCAACAUAUAGAGUCCCCAGAGCCAGGGUGUGACAACUAUGCAUAGAUAAUACACAGAGAGUAGCAGCAGCGUAAAAGAGGGGGUGAGAGGGGGGCAGUGCAAAUAGUCUGGGUAGCCAUGAUUAAUUGUUCAGCAGUCUUAUGGCUUUGGGGUAGAAGCUGUUAAGAAGCCUUUUGGACCUAGACUUGGUGCUCCGGUACCGCUUGCUGUGCGGUAGCAGAGAGAACAGUCUAUGACUAGGGUGGCUGGAGUCUUUGACCAUUUUUAGGGCCUUCCUCUGACACCGGCUGGUAUAGAGGUCCUGGAUGGCAGGAAGCUUGGCCCCAGUGAUGUACUGGGCCGUACGCACUACCCUCUGAAGUGCCUUGCGGUCGGAGGCUGAGCAGUUGCCAUACCAGGCAGUGAUGCAACCAGUCAGGAUGCUCUCGAUGGUGCAGCUGUAGAACUUUUUGAGGAUCUGAGGAUCCAUGCCAAAUCUUUUCAGUCUCCUGUGGGGGAAUAGGCUUUGUUGUGCCCUCUUCACGAAUGUCUUGGUGUGUUUGGACAAUGAUAGUUUGUUGGUGAUGUGGACACCAAGGAACUUGAAGCUCUCAACCUGCUCCACUACAGCCCCGUCGAUGAGAAUGGGGGCGUGCUCGGUCCUCUUCUUUUUCCUGUAGUCCACAAUCAUCUCCUUUGUCUUGAUCACGUUGAGGGAGAGGUUGUUAUCCUGGCAUCACAUGGCCAGGUCGCUGUCUCAUCGUUGUCGUUGGCAAACUUAAUGAUGGUGUUGGAGUCGUGCCUGGCCAAUCAGUCAUGGGUGAACAGGGAGUACAGGAGGGAACUGAGCACGCACCCCUGAGGGGCCCCCGUGUUGAGGAUCAGUGUGGCGGAUGUGUUGUUACCUACCCUUUACACCUGUGUGUGUUCGUUAGGGAUUUACAUGACAGUUCCCUAGAGGGGUCAGCCAGGGUCUUAUCAAGAUAUUACUGACGUGUGCCUUGUUUUUCUCAUGAAGAAGGAAUCUCUUUUCCAAUCUGAAAUGAACUCAUGUCUUGCUUCAUCACGACUUUCACUUGAAAAACUGUUUGUUUGGUUUAGUUAGUCUUUCCUGGACUACUUAACUCUCUCUCUCUUUGGUGUAAAGUGGUGUUCGGGGUGUUAACAUGUUAACUCUACUCUGUUGUGUGGUUUAGUGGUGUUUGGUGUCAGGCCAGUGGUGUUUGGUGUCAGACAAGUGUUUGGUUUAAUGUGGUGUUUUGUCAGACCAGUGUUUGGUUUAAUGUGGUGUUUGGUAUAAAGUGGUGUCUGGUGUCAGACCAGGGUUUUGGUGUAAAGUGGUGUCUGGUGUUUGCUGUGGCUAACACUACUGUUUCCCUGUUUGUUUGUGAUGUUGUUGUUGUUGUUUAUUUCCUGGUCCAGUUCUUCACUGUGGCUAACACUACUGUUUCCCUGUCUGUUUGUGAUGUUGUUGUUGUUGUUUAUUUCCUGGUCCAGUUCUUCCCUGUGGCUAACACUACUGUUUCCCUGUCUGUUUGUGAUGUUGUUGUUGUUGUUUAUUUCCUGGUCCAGUUCUUCCCUGUGGCUAACACUACUGUUUCCCUGUCUGUUUGUGAUGUUGUUGUUGUUGUUGUUUAUUUCCUGGUCCAGUUCUUCACUGUGGCUAACACUACUGUUUCCCUGUCUGUUUGUGAUGUUGUUGUUGUUGUUUAUUUCCUGGUCCAGUUCUUCCCUGUGGCUAACACUACUGUUUCCCUGUCUGUUUGUGAUGUUGUUGUUGUUGUUUAUUUCCUGGUCCAGUUCUUCCCUGUGGCUAACACUACUGUUUCCCUGUCUGUUUGUGAUGUUGUUGUUGUUGUUUAUUUCCUGGUCCAGUUCUUCACUGUGGCUAACACUACUGUUUCCCUGUCUGUUUGUGAUGUUGUUGUUGUUGUUUAUUUCCUGGUCCAGUUCUUCCCUGUGGCUAACACUACUGUUUCCCUGUCUGUUUGUGAUGUUGUUUAUUCCCUCAGUUCUUACAUGUUUUCUCUCCUCUCUCUGUGGUUGGUUUAUUUGGUUUAGAUAUGAUCUUGGACCUGUUUUUGUUUGUUUGUUGUUAAUUUCCCGGGGGGUCCAGUUCUUCACAGAGUACGGUCCUGACUACUCCCUGGAGAUCAGCCCCAGCUGUCGACACGACCGCAAUGAGACCAAACACCUGGACACA